CGAUAUCUUCCGUAAGAAGGGAUGGACGAAAUAGGGAGAGCGAAAGGUAGCUAGAAGGACGCCCCUUCUUUGCUUGAAUUGCUUCCCUUCUUCGGCCUCCUCGCUCUCUCACUGUGGCGAUGGAGUUGAGCGCGAACGUUUCGGGCUUAUCCUCGUCCUUGGCUGCUGCGGGCGUGCUCACCUCAACGAGUUCUUCUUCUUCUCGUUACGGGAAGACCCUUCUUCUCUCCCCUCCUCAUCCUGUUCUUCGAUUCAGCAACCGGAAGACAGGAAGGCUCGCCCACCAAAAUGGGCUUUUGCCGACAUGCUGCGGAGCCCUUAAGGCUUCCUCUUCCACCCGGAGCACUCUUUCUUCGACGUGGAACCUGGUGGGUGGUCCUUGGAUGCCGAGAUUGGAGGACCUUGAUACUACCAACAUGCUCCUGAGACAGAGGAUUGUCUUCUUAGGCUCUCAGGUGGAUGACUUGACUGCUGAUCUGAUUAUAACCCAACUCCUGUUUCUGGACGCGGAGGACCCAACCAAAGACAUCAAGCUCUUUAUCAAUUCACCAGGCGGCUCUGUCACCGCUGGAAUGGGUAUAUAUGAUGCCAUGAAAUUGUGCAAGGCUGAUGUUUCAACUGUCUGUCUGGGUCUUGCGGCUUCCAUGGGUGCAUUUUUGCUUGCAACUGGAACUAAGGGAAAGCGAUACUGUAUGCCUAAUGCAAGAGUGAUGAUUCAUCAACCGCUAGGAACUGCAGGAGGAAAAACAACUGAUAUGGGGUUGCGAAUCAGAGAAAUGAUGUACCACAAAGUAAAACUCAACAAGAUAUUCUCAAGGGUUACAGGGAAGUCAGAAAGUCAGAUUGAGGAAGACACCGACCGUGAUAAUUUCAUGAAUCCUUGGGAAGCGAAGGAGUAUGGUCUGAUUGAUGCUGUCAUAGAUGAUGGUAAACCUGGCUUAGUUGCACCCAUUGCAGAAUUUGUUCCACCACCAAAGACCCGUGUUUGGGAGUACUGGAAAGUGGAGGGAAGCAAGAAAGCAAAGAAGAAUUUGCCAUCAGAGCAGGCACUUACGCAGAACGGUAAUGAAGGUGGUGAUGGAGGUCAGGCUACAAGAGAACCUACCCCUGUUUGAUUUUUUCAAACUUUUGUCAUCUUUUUCUAGUAGUCUGGAAAGGAGAGGAAGUUGUACCAUUGGAUGGAAAUAGGGAUUUAUUAUAUUUCUGUUGCAUCGAGCGGUUGAUGUUGAGUUUAGAUAAAGCAUCAGCUGAUGUCAGGUUAAUGUGUAAAUGGCUGCAUUAAUGCUAUCAUAUUUUAUGGGCAAUGGGCUAAAUGUGAAGUCACUAACAGUUCAAGAUCCUGUGCUGGAAUGUGAUGUAGUUAUUCAUUAGUACGUUCAAUCACAA